GGCAUCUGGGGCAUUGCAUCUGCAUCCGGCCGGCCAUCCCACUGUUUUAUAGGUAGCUCCUCCGAAAGCGAAGUCCAUCGCCCCCCGCUCCUCCAUUCGCGCAAAGACGCCAAGCCCACCCAGCGAAAUCUCUCCCCAAACUACCCCUCGCCAGCGCCCGGCGAUGUGCCCAACGAAGCCCGAUCGCCCUGGCCAGGCCGCCGCCGGCUCCGGCGAGAAGAGCUGGCGGGAGGAGGCCGUGGCCGCCUGCUCGCUGCGGCUGGUCGACCUGGACCGUGGCACCAACGGCUGGGCCUCGCCGCCGGGGGACCUCUUCCACCUGCGCGCGCGCGGCUACUUCUCCAGCGGCGGCGGGAAGCGCGGCAAGGCGCCGUCCGCCGCGGACUGGCUGCUCCGCCCCGCCGGCGUCGACUGGCUACGCUCCCACGCGCGCCUCGACCACGUGCUCGCCCGCGACGACAACCGCGUCGCCGCCGCCUUCCGCCGCGCGCGCCUCAGGAAGGACCCCAGCGCGCACUUCCUCCUCGCCGUCAAUCUCCAGGUGCCGGGCCGGCCGGACGCGUACAGCGCCGUGUUCUACUUCGCGGCGGAGGCACCCAUCCCGCCGGACUCGCUGCUCGGCCGCUUCAUCCACGGCGACGACGCGUACCGCAACGCGCGUUUCAAGAUAGCCAACCGCAUCGUCAAGGGUCCCUGGAUCGUCCGCGCCACCGUCGGCAACUACGCGGCCUGCCUGCUCGGCCGCGCGCUCACGUGCCGCUACCACAAGGGCGACGACUACCUCGAGAUCGACGUCGACAUCGGCAGCUCAGCGAUCGCCAGCGCCAUCCUGCAUCUCGCGCUCGGCGCCGUCACGUCGGUGACCAUCGACAUGGGGUUCCUCGUCGAGUCCCAGUCCGAGGAGGAGCUGCCCGAGAGGCUAUUCGGCGCCGUGCGCAUCGCGCAGAUGGAGAUGAGCGCGGCCAAGUACGUGGAGCUGCCCCCUGAUGAGGCCAUGCCUGAGACGGCCGGCAGGGCCGGGGCCGGGUUCAGGGUAAGCUCGGCGAAGGUGGUCAAUCAUAGCCGCCAACAAGACCACGCCGGCGGCAAGGUCGGCAGGUCGAUGAGUUGCCCGGAGCGAGAGAGCGGAGAUGCGAUGUUGAAUUGGAAUCACAUAAAAGACGCAAUAAUUCUGUUCAAGCAUAUGCCAGCUCGUGGUGACAAGUUCUUGUUUAUUUAUGUAGCACAUGGUGACAUGCUCAUCUUUUAGUUAGGUGUGUCACUAACUGAUGUCCCAGGGUGGACUGGAUUGUUAAGUGGAGCAGUUGAGUCUUACACCAAGGCAUGGGAAAUAAUGGCAAUGGUUCAUGGCCGUUUCCAGUCUCCCACAGCUCCACGCAUCAUUGGUACCUUGAGAUUUGAGAGUUGUUUAGUGAACAGGCUUGGUACGCGAGCAAUUGUUUUUAUUUGAUUAUUUCGUCUGGUACUGGGAUGACAAGAAUCAUCGCUGCUGUCAUUGCUUAUGUGAGUGUGCUCUAGGGAUCUGAUGCUGUGAGCUAAUUAGUGCGCCCACUGGCAAAAAGAAAGGCCAGACAGAGCAUUGUCUUGAUGUGACUUUUUUUUAAUGAGAUUGGGAAAUCGGGUGACAAUGCCAAUAUCUGUCACUGUCAGGAUAAUCUCAUGUUUCUUCUUGGUGGUAGGAUAGGGAACUGUGUCCACUUUGUUCCAUUAGCUUCAGGAUAUGCAAGUUCGGGUUCUCUUCACCUGCACAUAACAUACACUGUAGUAGGUGAAAUUGUGCAAUGUAGGUAGAUGUCUCUUCAGUGGGAUAGAAAGAGAAGAAAGCAAUGGUAAAACAGUGAAGUUUAGGCAAGAUUUGCCAGGGUAGAUGGGAGCAAUUGGGAAGGUGUGCAUUUGCCGUUUUGCUGUCCCUCCAUUAUGCUUGCAAUAAUGUCCGUUAAAUCUUACGUACCUGUUUAUUCUGUACCACUGGUACCUACGUGGUAUUUGUGGUCCAUGAUCUGUGGCCGGAGAAAGCAUAUUGCUUCACUUGUUGAGGACGGGUGGGUUGGUGCUGUGUUUAGAACUUUUCUUGGGCACUAGAUUUCCUUUCAUUGUUCCUUUGCUUGCAUGUGUAGCUGUUUAGUUGCUUGAGGGAGACAUGGGCAUGUGCCCCCCCCCCCCCCCCCCCCCCCCCCCCAAAUACAUGACUGAUGGCAACACUCAUUUAGGACCUGCAUGUACUCUAGGUGGGCUGCUAAUCAGCCUUUGGCCCUGUCUUGAUAGUCUCAUGCAGCUUACAAUUGGGUUAGGCAAUAUUCUAGAGAAGCUGACAGUUUGCCGAUGGUUGAACUAUCAUAACCGCUUCUUGGUGAACAACCGAAGGUUGAUUCUUCGGGCAAGAGAGCAUGGUUUCUGGUAGUGCCCGGGUGGGCGAGGACAUCUGAAAACAGUCAUAUGUAAAGCAGUUCAGUGGUAUUGGUGUUUUUAUAUCAUCAUGGUAAAGCAAGAUUGGUCUUUUUCUUUCCUUCAGGAAAAUAGGCGCAAAGUAUGCGGGUGCACUGCAGAAAGAAACCAUCCAUCGAUGGCAGAGCGAUGGCGAGAACCGGAAGACGAAGGCCGGGUAACCCCCAACACAUAAAAUGCUGAAGCUGGCGCCAUGACCACGACCUCGACCACGAAUGGCGCCCCCUCCCCUUCUUUCAUAAAUUUCUGACUUCAUUUGGUUGUGAUGAUGAGAGCUUAAAAACCUGAUGGAUGCGAAAUCAAUUCAUAGCAGCAGAUUAAUCUAUCUAUCUAUCUAUGGCCGAGUUCCAUGACAUAAUUAUGAUGAUGCCCGGCUUGUCUUCAGCCGCAGCCAGCCAAA